CGCAAUAUUUUGCGGAAUACGAUUACUAGUUCUAGCUCUUUGAACUGCUGCUAGCUGCUCGAUAGAAUGGCCUCUAUAAUUUUCCUGUGUAUUUGUGGGAUUUCUAUUAUUCCCAUUCUCCUCCUUCUUGCGUUUGGAAUCAUCGUAUGGAAGAACAGCAUACUAUAUCAGUUAUUUCACCCGGUGGAUAAGACAAGUAAGCGUACAGGAGGAGAGUUAGUAGCUGAGACACUGAAGGCUCAUGGAGUCAAGUUUCUUUUCACGCUUUGUGGUGGUCACAUAUCACCUGUCAAUGUUUCUGCUGAGAAACUUGGUAUAAGGGUUAUAGACACAAGACAUGAGGCGACAGCAGUGUUUGCAGCUGAUGCUGUAGCUAGACUAUCUGGGGUGAUUGGAGCUGCUAUUGUUACAGCAGGACCAGGUCUUACUAAUACUAUCACAGCAGUCAAGAAUGCACAGAUGGCAGAAUCCCCUCUUAUCUUAAUGGGAGGAGCCGCAGGUACAUUAUUAAAGGGUCGUGGAGCACUCCAAGAUAUUGACCAAAUGGCAUUGUUUAAACCACUAUGCAAGAUAUGUAUUUCAAUAUCACAGAUUAGAGAUAUCAUACCAGCUAUGAGAAGAGCAAUACAGGUAGCACAGUCAGGUACACCAGGGCCAGUUUUCAUUGAGUUGCCUAUUGAUGUUCUUUAUAGUUAUGAACUAGUUUUGAGAGAAGUAGCAGCGAAAGGCAAACAAUCCGGCUUUGUUAAUAACAUUGUAAACUGGUACAUCAUGACAUUUGUUAAUAAUAUCUUUGCUGGAGCCUUUGACAAACGAGACCCCUCCCCCUUGCCUGUAAAUCAGCCUCUAGCCACACCCCUUCAAGUUCAACAGGGUAUUGAGAUUAUUAGCAGAGCCAAGAAACCUGUGAUAUUACUUGGUAGUCAAUCAACACUACCGCCUUUACCUGCAGACAAGCUUAGGGCAGCUUUAGAGGCCAUUGGUAUCCCAUGUUUCUUAGCUGGUAUGGCCAGGGGCAUGCUGGGAAGGAAUAGUCCGCUUCAUAUUCGACAACGUAGAAAGGACGCCCUCAAGGAGGCGGAUGUUGUCAUCUUGGCUGGAUCUGUGUGUGAUUUCCGUCUGAAUUAUGGCCGAUCAUUAAGCAGGAAAUCAAAGAUCAUUGCUAUCAAUCGUAACAAGGAACAACUUUACAAGAAUACUGAUCUAUUUUGGAAGCCCACACUAGCCAUCCAGGGUGAUCCAGCCAGUUAUUUAGUUGAGAUUCAGAAAGGUCUAGGUUCAUAUACAUGUAAUGAAGAUUGGAUUCAAACACUCAGAGAUCGUGAUCAAGAAAAAGAAACAGCUAAUCUAACGAAGGCAUCGGAGAAAGCAGAUAGAUAUCUGAAUCCUCUAAAUGUUUUAUACCAGGUUGAAGAUGUAAUGGAAGAUAAUAGUGUAAUUGUAGCAGACGGUGGAGACUUUGUUGGAAGUGCUGCUUAUAUACUAAGACCAAGAGGUCCUCUAAAGUGGUUAGAUCCUGGUGCAUUUGGGACUCUUGGCGUCGGUGGUGGCUUUGCUCUUGGUGCCAAACUUUGCAACCCUGAUGCCAACAUCUGGAUUGUUUAUGGUGAUGGAUCAUUAGGUUAUAGCUUGAUUGAGUUUGACACGUACAGCCGUCAUAACACACCUGUUAUUGCAGUGAUUGGCAACGAUGCGUGUUGGACUCAGAUCUGUAGGGAACAGGUCCCUAUAUUAGGAUCAAGAGUUAGCUGUGAUCUAGCUUUCUGUGACUAUGACAAGGCGGUUGAAGGAAUUGGUGGCGUAGGUAUCAAGUUAACAAAUGAAUCUAAAGAUGAGAUACAUCAGAAGCUGAUUGAAGCUCAGGAGAUCAGUAAGAAAGGCAAACCAGUCCUCAUCAACUGCCUCAUUGGAAAAACCGACUUCAGAAAUGGAUCUAUAUCGGUCUAAUCAGUCUAUGGUCACAACUAGACGUCUUUGUGAAUUGAAUCUCAGCAUAUCUCUUUCAUCCAUACAUUUAAAGGCACACCUUAUGAUUGGUCCGUGACUAGAAUAACACGUAGUAUAAUUUGAUGCUAAUAUUGAGACAUGAAAUACCUUACUGUAUAAUGUUCUAAAUCAUUGUACGAAUACAUAUGUUCAAAUCUGUGAAUAUGCUAUCAUCUUUCUUAGAAUAAAAGUAAAUUUGAUAUCUAGUUGUUAUGAUGUCAUAGCGGUUGUACGGUUGGCUACGAUUUGAAACUUAAUUGGCCUUUAUUCCAAAAUAAAGGCUUGCAAUCUUUCAAAAUGGUUAUAUUAGUAUUCUUUCAAUUAAUUUCAACCUGUAAUAAAAUGUGUUCCAUUCAUAUUCUCAGAAUACUAGCAAAAUGGGAUUUGUUCCAAAAUCGGAUCGCGAGCAGCCGUAAGGCGUGCGGUUGCCUUAAGAUUUCUUCUCUUAGAUCUAUACACCCUGAAUAAGUAUGAUCCAUUUUAUCUUGAGGCACACACACCAGACCUGCAAGGCACUAACAACAUGCGCCUGGCUUAGUGUACAGCUAAGGAGCUCAGAUGAACUUCUCAAUCUGUUUAAAAUGCGUUUGCAGUAAGAAGUACAUACAAAUUAAACAUUCAAAUGUACAUGGUGAGUUCUGACCAAUUCAUAAGGAAACAAUUUACUCCGUUUUCCUGAAUGGAAUCAAUAUUUAUGAGCAAUAAACCUCCUUGCCUCACGUGGAAAAUUCAGUCAUAUAUUCUUUGUUCAAUUAGCCGAUAAUAAUGAUAAUAACAUUUGUAUAAAGGCACUUAUAACUUCUGUUUCUUAGUGCACAAUAUUACCUGGAUCUAAAAUUUAAAGCGUAAUUAAAGAAAGCUUAGCCAUGAAUUUAUUAAAGGAUUUGUAUUGCUUUUCUCAUCGCUACAGGAAUCAUGCUUACUAAUCCUUGCAUUUCAUCAUAGUUCAAACAAUGGUGCUUCAUUUGGGAAACAUGCGGCAUUGUUAACAUUGAAUCUUAAUCAAGAUUAAAGUUUUGAAAUGUCAUCAUAACUUUGAAAGUAUAUGGACCUUGUACAUGAAACUUAUAAAUGAGAGUUAUGGUGUAUCACUGAAGAUCCUGCCUGAGGUUCAGGUCACAUGACCAAGGUCAAAAGUCAUUUAGGGUCAACCAACUUCGGCCAUGUUGGGGGUAUUUGUGGAAUUGUCAUAACUUUUAAAGUUUUUGGAUAUAGUUGAAGUUUGGACAUAUGAGCAACCAUGUAUCCCUGAAUAUCAUGGGCGUGUUUCAGGUCACAUGACCAAGAUCAAAGGUCAUUUAAGGUUAAUGA